AUGUACAGUACGGUGAAGGCAUUUAAAACCAAACUGACUCUGUGGGAGACGCAGAUGCGGAAAGAAAAUUUGAGCCACUUUCCCAGCUGCCAGACCAUGAAAGAGAAGCUCUCUACCAGUGCGUUCCCGAGCGCACAGUUGGCUGAUAAAAUAGAGACCUACAGACAGAAGUUCCGGACGGUGACGAUUCCUGCUGGAGAGAACCCUGCGGAGACGUACCACCGCCUCAAGGGGCUCUACCGCCGAUGGAUCCGCCCGGAGCAGCACACGAAGGAGCAGAUCGGAGAGCAGAUCAUCCUGGAGCAGCUUCUGCGUGUUUUCCCUGCAGAUAUCCGCACCUGGGUGAAGGAGCACGAGCCGACAGAGGGCCUAGCGGCGGCUAAACUAGCGCAGCAGUACCUCAACGCUCGGAGAGGAGGCCCGGCGCCUUACCAAGGUGGUCCCGGACGUCAGACUCCAGCACAGACCAGCUCUGGCCAGAGUCCACACACAGCAGUCUCCAGACUCCAACCAUGCAGCCAGCCAGCGCGGUCCCGGUAA